AUGUCAGGGACUCUUGAACAACAACAACAACAACAGCAGCACAGGGCCCAUAUGGCGUCUCACUUGCCCAAAAGACUAACUGCAUUGAUUGUAUCUGUUUUUGUUGCCUUGGCUUCUGGAACACCCUACAUGUAUGGAGUUUAUUCACCACAAUUGGUAAAACACAUUGGUCUCACGGCUUCGGAUUCUGCAACCAUAUCAUUAGCUACUAAUAUUGGUUCUGGCGUUGGAGGAUUGCCAGGUGGGCUCCUCAUUGAUCAUUUUGGUCCCCAGAUUAGUAUAUUUGUUGGCUCAUUGUGUAUAUUUGUGGGGUAUUUCACAAUGUUCAAAAUUUACUAUCAUCAAUACAGCAACAUGUUUGUUAUAUGUAUCGCCAUGGCCCUUAUGGGAUUCGGAUCAAUCACCAGUUAUUUUGCAACCUUGAAAGCAUCGCAAGCUAAUUUCCCUAAACACAAGGGUGCUGCUGGAGCCUUACCGGUGAGUUGUUUCGGGUUUUCCGCCACAGUUUUUUCCAUAAUAUCGGCUUCGUUCUUCAAGGAUAACACUGGUGGGCUUUUGCAAUUCUUGGCUUUCUUUUGUGGGUUCGUCGCACUAUUGGGCUCCUUCUUUGUCCAUGUGUACGUUGCAGAUGAAGAGGAUGAACGUGACCACAACCUUUUAGAGCCAAAUAAUGAUAGCCAGGGCCAUCAACAUCCAUUUUCAGAGGCUGAUGCUUCAUUGAUUUCUGACAUAGAGCCACCCCCACAAUCUUUAUCAAGAUCUGAAUCCCUAAAUGGAUCCUUUUCUUUUUGGGGGAUUGGAAAUAGGACGCCAAGAUCGUCAAUAAGCUUACAAGAUUCAGAAGCAAGUGAAGUUACGCGAGGUUUAAUAGAUGAGGAAAGAAUUGAUAAACAAUUGAAACCAAGGGCUAGUCCGCUUGAGACAAUAAAGCGUCGUCUUGCUGAUAAGAUUUAUUUGGUACAUUAUUUCAUCGUAUCGAUUGCUGCCGGGGUGGGACAGGUUUACAUAUACAGUGUUGGGUUCAUUGUUGCUGCACAAUACUACUACAAUAAAGAGCAUGAUGCGCAAACAAAAUUUGACCUAUUUAGGAGAGCUGUCCAGGUUGCACUCCAUGACCCUGAUGCCGCUUCCAUACAAGCUUUACAGGUAUCAAUUUUGUCAAUUGCUUCAUUCUUGGGUCGUCUUGUUGCAGGUUUUGUUAGUGAUUACAUUCACAAAAAAUGGCAUAUUCAAAGACUUUGGAUAGUACAAGCAACUUUAAUCAUCCUUUCACUAGCACAAUAUAUUACAAUCACAAACGUUUCGGAAUUUCAUUGGACAGCUGUAGCUUCCAGUCUAACUGGCGCAUGUUAUGGACUUAUAUUUGGUACAUACCCGGCUGUCAUAGCUGAUUCAUUUGGUACAAAGACAUUUUCAACAAAUUGGGGCUUAAUCUGUACCGGCCCACUCGUCACAUUGUACGCCUUGAACAAGUAUUUUGGCUGGAUCUAUGAUACUCAAACAGAUACUGAAACGGGGAUAUGCUACCUUGGUAAUGGGUGUUAUAAAGGUGCAUUUGAAGUUAGUUUGAUCUUGUGCAGUAUUGCCUUCUUGGUAUCUGUGAUUUUGAUUUAUACGCAAAGACACAAAUAG